AUGCUUGAAGAGUACUUAUAUCUAGCAGCGAAAAUUUUUUGCCCAUCCAUAUUUGUGCGUAUCAAAUCAUCCCAAAACGAAACCUCCAAAAGUCUAAACCAUCGUCAUCGACAACAUGCAGAUUCCGAGUCUCAAGAACAACAAUCUGCCCAAGAUAUGUUGCUAUGUGCACCAAGCCGGAGGUCCAUAGGUGAGGUCAUAAGUCUUCAUAACUUCUCUACCCCACUUAUAGUUUACAAACUCAACUCUUAUCGACCUAAUGAUAUGUUCGAGAUGUGGGUGCGGUCUCAUACCCGUUCUCUCACAUGCUACUAUGAUUCUUUGAAGAACAUAGUUGCCGAAGCGAUGGUAGAUCAAUACGGUUAA